AUGGAAGAGGCAUUCUAUUCAAAAGUAAAUGCAUAUAUUGAAGCCCUUAAUAAAAGAAAACGAAUAUAUAAUAUUGAUGACAUUGUGGGGUUGAAAGUUUCCGAUGUUGAUCGUACUCAUACUUCAUCGACAAUAUUACCGUGCAAGAUUGUUCGUUCAAGUGAUCAAACUGGAGAAACAUUAUAUACAGUAGCUAGUAAAAAUGGUAUUAUGAAAGAAUGCUUCCAAUCUUCCAUGUUCCUUGAUUUGACCACGUCUAAUUUUGCAUCAUUGCGUGAUAUGAACACUGAAUCUUUACCUUCUAUUACAUUUAUACAAGCAUGUCAACUUUACACAAAUUUCAAAAAUAGUGAUACAUGUAAAUGUGCUGGUGAUUGCAGCACAAAUCGAUGUCAAUGCAAACGAAAGAAGAUAAAAUGCUGUUCAAAAUGCCAUAAUGGCAAUGGUGAAAAAUGCAAAAACUGUUAG